UUAUAUUUUCCCUAAAUAAUGGAAGCUAUCUUCAACGCUAUCGAGCACAAAAAUCUAGAACAAGCUAGAGCUAAGACCAUUACUGACCUGGUGAAACUUUAUGGAGAUCUGAGGGUGCACGAGGAAGGAAUAAAAAGGCAGAAGAGCAAGCACACUAUUGAUUUUACCGAUAUUGUCAAAGUGAGGAAGCAAGGAGGCCCGGAGGGAGGAAGAGAGGAAGUGGAGAGUGGGCUAGAAGAGGGUAAAGAGGGUGGAAGUGGAGGGAAGAAGGGACCAGAGAAGGGAGAUACUAGAAGUUUGGGGCUGUUUGGGGGGAUUGGUAAGUCUGAUACUGGUAAAUCCUCCCUAUUUGGUCAGUUACAGAAGGGAAAUAAGGUUGUGAAGUCUAUGAGUCUUGAUGAAGUGAAUAAAAAAUUUAUGAUAUCUGUUCUAGAUAAUACACAAAAGAUAGGAUGCAGUAUUACUCCAUCACUUGAAGAGCUAGCUAAGAAAAAUGUAGAAUGGCUAAAAAGAGUUCCGAAAUUCACAGUUUAUAAUAAACAUCAAUCUGUUGAAUAUAUAGAUCCUCUAAAUCUGAUGGAAUUAAUGAGCAAUGAUUUCUUCAGAUUGGUAGAGCCUGAUCUUAAAUCUCACUGUUUAGGUGUUUAUCCUGAAUGAUUCUUCACCAAACACAAAGCAAAAGUGACCAUUCCCAACCUCUCUAAAGGAGAAAUCUCAGGACUUGAAGAACGUGUCAGACAUAGCCAGGCUUGGAUUGAGUUCAUAAAUCCAAGAUUUAACAUUGAAAGAAUCAACUAUGAUGAAGCUUCAGAUACUCUCACUUAUCAGGUCACAAAUUUUAAGAAAAAGGGAAGUUUCUAA